UCCAACAUGGCUCGGCAUGGCACUGUCAGAUUCUGUCUUUAUUUAAAUCGUCGAUCUUUGCUCACCAUGGAUUUUUUUUUUUGUUAAUUUUGCUACUGAAUUAAAACAUUCUUUAUCUUGAUUAAAGAGACUUUUGCCCCCUCAAGUUUUGUGCCUGAGAUAAGUGCUUCACUCUCCUCUUCCUAAUCUCAGCCCAUUAUUAUUUUAUCUUAACACUCAGCAAGUACUAUAAAAUGCCCUCUUAUAGAGCAAGCUUCGCCCCAAGAAGAAAUGAGUUCCUUCCCGCCCUUUUCCUCUUUCUCUUGGGAACGCUUUCUUGAUCUUGAACCUGAGUUACAAGGUUAGGAAAGCUUAUACUCUUGGAUGAGUGUGCCUGACUACAGUCUUUCUGCAGAGGGCAUGGUGGAGUCCAGCCACCCCCGGAGGGCGGAGAGGUGUUAGGUGGAAUUAGGCUGAUUGCCCAACAGAACUUGUCUUUCCCUGGCAGGAUUAUUAUGAAAUCAUUGACUUUCUACCUGGCUUCUGGGCUGAAAUAAGUCUACCAUCCCCAAACAAUCAACUUGAUCUCAGACAAAUGUCAAGUAGAGCUAAGUUCCUCUGCCCUGGGGACGGCCAUGAAAAUCCAGACAGUUUCCCUCAAAUGCUUUUGGUGGCUCAGGAACAGCUUCUGUGUGGUUGUUUUCCCCCAGUUCCUCUGUAGGUUUAAGGGGAGGAGAAGGGUGAGUUACACUGGCAUUCUGGAAAGGAAGACUAUAUACGUCAAUUCGCCAAAACAAGUUUUGACAUUAUCCCUGAGAUGUCGUCCUGUGUCUACUCACUGCAAGUGCCUACUGCCCCAGGCUUUACCUGCUGGGCAAUGACGAUGGGGCUGGGAGGGGAACAAAAUAAAGGAACCAGGACCUGUAGCACCAACCCACACGCAGGCUCUGAACAGGCACCUGAAGGCGUCUCUUCUGGGAGGCUCACAGUCUUUCUUAGUAAGUUGAAUGAAUGGGCCAGACCAUCUGAAGUCAGAUGAAGCUAUUAAGUUUCUCGAGGGGCAUGGGGGAUGGGAGAGAGAAGUCCUUAGUGGUGGCAUUGGCUUAUUAAGGGAUGGGAUGGGGAAAUCGGUAAGUCAUGCUCUUCCCUUUGAAUUCUUAGCUCCUGUGGUCUCCAGAUUCUGGCACAAGAUGAGAGGUUCUGGUCUUCCCCUCUGUCUUCUUUCUGCUGUGUUUUAUCUCUUCUGGACACCUUCUGCUGGGCUGAAAACACUGCAUUUGGGAAGCUGUGUGAUCACCACAAAUCUUCAGGGAAUUCGAAGUGGAUUUUCAGAGAUUCGGGACAGUGUGCAAGCCAAAGAUGAAAUCAUUGAUGUCAGAAUCUUGAGGAAGACUCAGUCUUUGCAAGGCACAAAGCCUGCAGAUCAGUGCUGCCUCCUCCAUCAUAUACUGAGACUUUACCUGGACAGGGUAUUCAAAAACUAUCAACCCCCUGACCACCAUAUCUUCCGGAAGGUCAGCCGUCUUGCCAACUCUCUUCUCACCAUCAAGAAGGACCUCCGGCUCUGUCAUGCCCAUAUGUCAUGCCCUUGUGGGGAAGAAGCAAAAGAGAAAUACAGCCAGAUUCUGAGUCACUUCGAAGAGCUUCCGCCUCAGGUAGUGGUGGUGAAGGCUUUGGGGGAGUUAGACAUUCUCUUGCAAUGGAUGGAAGAGGCGGACUAG